AUGCGAAAAUGUAACGACGACGACGCCGACGACAACCACGACGACGACGACGACGACGACGACGACGACGACGACAACAACAACCACAACAACCGCGACGACAACGAGGAAAACUUCCACGAAGACGACUGCCACUACAACGACUACGAAGCCGAGCACGUCGAAAUCGACGACGAAGGAGCCGAGCGCGUCGGCUUCCACGACCAAGGAGCCGAGCACCUCGUCAAGUUCAACGAGCACCAGCGGCACGGCAACAACGAGCACGAGUACUCCAUCAAC